AUGGAGGAUGCAACAAACAACGAUGAACAUUUGCCUUCUCCGCAACCAUACACCCAGCGAGACACUGAGUUCUUCGAGUCUGGCCUGAGUUUUGCGACGCCCGGAGCAACCAUCAUGAAACCCUUUUUCUUCCUCAAGAAUGGCAUCCCACCACCUCCACAGUCACAUGACCUAUCUCAGAUUUCUACCUUCAUGAAGUUCUUCUAUGAAGACCGCUUCUCUUUUCAUGACUGCGGCAAAAACAAUAAGGCUCUUCAGAAGGCGCUCAUCUUUAUGGAUCAACCCGGCGUCAAUGACCACAAGCAUGCUUUCUUACAUGGAAAAUCUAUUUCAGACGCGUCUCAUCUCGUGCCUGAAGUGGUGGAGACAAUUAAGAAUUCAAUAGAAAGACUCAUCAACGAAGCUGGAGCCAAAACUCUCAUGGUUUCUGAAAUUCUACCCAUUGGCUGCUUUCCUGGUUUUAGGUCUUUGUUUCCCUAG